GCUUCCUGCCGCUUCUGAAGUGAUUUCCGCUCCUUUUUCCUGCGCGGCGUUUCAGUCCCUCUUGAGUUGGGCUGUCGUCGAGUCGCGGCGAGACCGGCGCACCGCAGCCAUGACAGAGGCUGAUGUGAAUCCGAAGGCCUAUCCCCUCGCAGAUGCCCACCUCACCAAGAAGCUGCUGGACCUUGUUCAACAGUCAUGUAACUACAAGCAGCUUCGGAAAGGAGCCAAUGAAGCCACCAAAACCCUCAACAGAGGCAUCUCUGAGUUCAUUGUGAUGGCAGCAGACGCUGAGCCCUUGGAGAUCAUCCUGCACCUCCCUCUGCUGUGCGAAGACAAGAAUGUCCCCUACGUAUUUGUGCGCUCCAAGCAGGCUUUAGGACGGGCGUGUGGCGUCUCCAGGCCAGUCAUCGCCUGUUCUGUUACCAUCAAAGAAGGCUCUCAACUAAAGCAGCAGAUCCAGUCCAUUCAGCAGUCUAUUGAAAGGCUCUUGGUGUAGGCUGUGGCCUCUGCCCUUUCCUGUCUACUGCCACCCUGUUUGUGUAUCAUAUUGUCUGUUAGCAUGUACUAUUUUCAACCAGUUACUAUUAUAUUGUACUACAUCUGCGUUUUAUAUUUUUAUUUUUGUCUUAAUAAGGUUAUUUUUCACCAUCUCUUCAUUCUCUUCUACCAUAAAAAAUGAAAUGAUAGCUAGGACAGGUGAAAGGCAGAAUGUCACCAUUUAACAACAGGAAGAACCAGGAGAAACUUAAGCCAGGGACAGUGUAUACUUUCAUCUGCAAACUUAUUCCACUGCGCAGGGUAGGAUGACAGUGACCCUGGUCCCUUGUGCCUUUGAUAUAAGAGCUCCAUAAAUGUUACUGACACUGAGGAACUUCCUUUGGGUAGCAGUCUCUCCCUCCCCUUAUCAUUUGAAGAAAUUUGAUGUUGGGCCUAUGUCCGGGAGCCAUUUAUUAAUGUCCUGUGUGUUUUUGAUGUAUGUAGUCUGAUAUUCUCCCAUAUCUGGGGCAGUAUCAGUACAAAGGGAUUCUGUGGAGAUCGUGGCAAUUUGCUGGAACUUACAGCAGAGACAGUGCUAGCAGGAAACAUCCUCUCCUUGGUAAAUGGGGAUGUCUUAUUGUGGAACCAUUUGAUGGCCGUGUUGGGAGCCCUUAUCCUGUUCUUCCCACAGCGUGGGUCAGGUGUAUUCUCCCUCACAUGAAGAAAGUGAUAACAUGUUCAUUAUUGAGCAUCCUAAUAAAUAUGUUCAUAUUUCGUUUU